AUGGCUUCCAUACGAAUGCAACCAGUCCUUCGAGGUAAAGGCGUCGUAGGAAGAAGAUCAAUACUUGCUACUCGAUCUGCGCAUCAAUUGGUAGUAACCUCUUCACCAGACCCUUCUCACACUCCUAAACCAAUAAUCAAGUAUGGACCACCUACCGGCGGACGAUCAUCCGAUUCAGGUCAUACGGUAACUGUAUUUGGAUGUACCGGUUUUCUAGGUAGAUACUUGGUACAGAAAUUAGCUAGACAAGGUACACAGGUGGUCGUUCCUUACCGAGACGAAGAUGAGAAGAGACCUUUGAAGAUUAUGGGUGAUUUGGGUCAGAUCGUUCCUAUGGAAUGGGAUGCCAGGAACCCUGAUCAGAUUGCUGAAUGUGUCAAACGAUCGGAUGUGGUAUAUAAUUUGGUAGGAAGAGAUUGGGAGACAAGAAAUUUCAAAUACGAAGACGUAAACGUCAAAGCCGCUGGACUUAUCGCUGAAGUAUCGGCAUCCCUCAAUGUCCCUCGACUCGUCCACGUAUCUCACCUCAACGCUCACCCAGAAUCAGCAUCUGCUUUCUACCGAUCGAAAUAUCACGGUGAAAGAGCCGUCAGAGAUGCUUUCCCAACUGCUACUAUCGUUAGACCAUCUCAGAUGUUCGGUUAUGAGGAUUGGUUGUUGAAUGCUAUUGCUCAAUACCCAAUCCUCUUCAAACUCAACGAAGGGAAGACCAAGAUCCUCCCUGUACACGUGAUGGACGUAGCUGGUGCACUUGAUCUCAUGCUCAACGCCCCAGUUACGAGUGUAGCCUCAACAUUUGCCCUCCCCGGACCAGUCCUUCAUACAUACAACUCCUUACAAUCUCUUAUAUCAUCUAUCACUCUCAACCCCAUUUCCACUGCUCCCACCGUACCUAAACCUUUAGCCAAGGCCGUUGCCACAGCGUUGAACAGGGGGAUCUGGUGGCCUACCGUUUCACCUGAUGAGAUUGAGAGGAAGUACAUUGAUGAUUUGGGUAUCGAAGCUUUCCAAGAAUCUUCUGAUGCCGCCAAGGUUCAAUCGGGUUGGGCGGAAUCGUAUAAACCUGAAAUGAAGGGAAUAGACGGUGAAGAAGUUAAAGGGUGGAAAGAACUUGAUAUGACUCCUGAUCCAAUUGAGGAUCAUGCGAUCAAGUAUCUAAGAAGAUACAGAGCAGCCACAAGUUACGAUAUACCUGUCGAAACUGGAAAACACAAACCUCCAAAGGCCUAUCACGUCCUUCCUUAG